UGGCGAAACCAGGUGUCUCAUAAAGCAGAAUGACAGCUGCAUGUUUACAGUUUGACGUGACUACUUCCGUUGUUAAAUUAUCUGAGAACACUAUAGUGAAUCGUAUAAAUUUUCGAGGAAUGAUCUGUUAAGUUAUUAUUAAAAAACGGGCACAAUCAUGCCACAAGACAGGAAACGGGGUAGAAACCAGCAAGAAGAUGAAGUGGAGUUCAUGCCGUUGUCGAAGCGAAUCAACAAUCUGCAUAUCAACAAUCGCACGUUGCUUAUGGAAAAUCGACAGAUGACAAACAUGAACAACAUCAACACUGAAUGGGUACAAAAUAACAUAAAUCAACUUCCAGAAAGUCCUCCAGCUUCAGUCCAAAGCUUGGAUUGGAAUGCUCCACAAUACAACCCUGAAAUGACUGAAAAUGAGAAUCCACACUAUUUCAAUAUAAACAAGUUGCUGUUCGAAAUGUAUGUGGAACGAUUGCAAAGGGGUGGAAACUGAAUUUUGUUUGUCAUUAUACUGAAUUUUACUGCAUUUAAUUACAUUGUUGGAUUAUUGAAUAAAAGAGGUUUGUUGUU